UUUUAAAGAAGAGAGCUUACAAAGUCUUUGACUGUUUAAUGAGCGGCCAUGUUGACAGAUGGGCGGUCUCCCAUUGGAUGUUGAGGGCGAAGAUUGGACGCUGGAGAUAGGACUUGUAAAAACUAUCGGAAACAUUGAUGGGAUAUAGGUGAAGGGUCUGCCUUUCUUCAAAUGAGCUGAUCUCUUCCCUGCAUGGCUCGACCCACGAUCUCACGGACGAUAGAACGACUCUAGACCUUACACAUCUGAUUGUAACAAAGUCGGUAUCUCGAGUGCCUGUUGACUUCUUGCCCACAUCUCAUUGUCGUCUGCUUCUUCCAUCGUCUGUCAGAAUAUGACGGAAGGCAGGUGAGGAUCGUUUGGGUUGUGCUUUGUUUAUAAGACAAGCUGGUUUACUGUUUACAAACUUGCAAGGCUGAAAGUAUACUGACCGGGAGGCGAUAAGAGAUUAAUUAAACACAUAUCUUGUUAGUCACCAUAUCGUCUGCUCGGAGCGUACAGGAGAGAAACAGUCUCAGCGUCAAUCCUGGAGGUUGUGGUGUGAUGUAAUACCGUGAGUGUGUUCCAACAGGCCCUGCUGGGGACACUGUUUUCACACGUUUACCAGUGUAAAUGCGUUAAUUGGAUAUCAGAGCCAGAAGCGUCUGCACGUGUCAGAUAGACAGCUGAGCGGUCAGUGUUGGAACUUCCGGCAAAUGUCCGAGCGUGGAGGCAGACGAUAACUCACGUGUAUCUUCUCAUUUCUGCCUCACUGACACUCCUACACCGUCGUAAAUUGUUGGGAAUUUGCCGGGGACUGAAGUAAGGAAUCUCUCCCACACAGGCCAGAUCCGACUGUAGCGAGCGGAAGGCUAUCGCUUUAAAAGAUAAGUGGAUAUUUCAAGAUGGCUUCUAGCGGCGUUGACCCUGAUGUUAAAGAAAAAGCCAACGAGGAAGUCAAAGAAGUCGUGGCAGAACAUCCUCCCGAGGCUAAGAAUGAGCAGGUUCCAGAAUGUGUAGACAAUCCUGCAAUAGAGGUGACUGAGGCUCCCUCUAAGUUGGAGGAGGUCAAUCAAGCGGAUGAUCCAACACCCGUCGAGUCGCCGCCAGAACAACAGGAACAGCCGAUACCCGAAGAAGCCCCACCCGGGGAAGCAACCACACCCGAGGAACAGGCGCCUCCAGCUGAAGGGGAAACAGAGACUCCGAAAAAGCUCACGCGGCUCCAGAAAAUCCAGAAGCGUUUUCCGGGACUGCCAUUUAUCGGCGCAAUGCGUUCUGGGACAUACAUUGUGAACGAGCCCCGCGACGGCGCUGACAACGGAGUAGUCACCACCAGCAAGAAGCCCGACGACGACGACCAGGUGUGUUUGACGAAGAUGGAGGCGGAUGCAGAGGAAGGGGUCGUUGCCUCUCCUGAGAUCGCGGCUCUUCAGAAGCGGAAGACUUGCAAGAAAAAUACAGUUUACAGGUCAGCGAUGACGAAGUUGCUGUGUGGACUUUACUGUCUGUUGCUGGUUGUAUUCGGCAUCGUAUUUGCCGUCGCCAACGCCCUCACCGUCAAGGAGAGGGAACACAAAUACUACCUCGAGGUGUUCCUGGUCUACCUGUACGCUGGCUCCCUAAUCGUCCUCCUCUAUCUCCAAAUCGGCAUCCUCCGAGGCGUCAAGGUGCGCCAGAACUUCUUCGACCACAACAUCAAGGUGGUGAUCCGGCGCAGCACUGAGAACAUCCAGCAGUCGCCGUCCCCAACCCGCAGGUCCAACGAUGACGACAGCAUCCUGGAGAAGGAGACCCGCAAGGAAGCUCUGGAUCAGAUAUCAACCGCCAGCAACGCCUCCAUGCGCAGUCAGCUCGCACUUCCGGCGGAUGGGGAAGUUGCGCAUGUCGGAGAGGGAAUCAACUUUUACCUCCGACUUGGGGCCCUAGCGUUCAGCAUUGGGAGCGUCACCCUUGACGGUUUCCACAUCUCGUCCUACUUCGAGACCGACAACACGGAGACGUGCGAGAGUAAGAUCUUCACCCUUGUGUAUGUUCUCCACCUCAUCUUCACCUUCGUCCAGACGUUCUUCCUCUUCAAGAACCACAAGCUGGUGAUUGACAAGUGUAAACCUGCGGUGAGGUUUGGGCUCAUGCAUCUCCUAGCAACCAACAUCUGUGUAUGGGCUGUCACGGCAGUCACGGAAACGGCCGAGGAUUCCCGACAGCAAGACUUUUUCGCAAGGGUCAGACAAAAUCACAGCUCCAUCUAUCUGACGCGAAGCUGCUACGAGGAGGAAACGGUGGCGAGGACGGCAUCCCCCUACCUCUUCCCCUGCACCAUCAUGUACAGUAUCAUCGCCGCCGGCAUCAUCUACCGCAUGUACCAGCACGUGGGGGUGAAGGUGAAGCAGCGAUGGCCAAGUCACACCUCUCUCACCAGCUCGGCUCCCCACGGCGCCGCCAGCAUGGACUGCGAGAAAGCCAACAAGGGGCUCUUCUCAGGCCUCCUCAUCGCCGUCGUCACUCUCAUCUCCAUAGCAACAUUCUUUGUGUUUGAGGCUCGUUUGAAAGACCCUGAAACAGCCAUCAAUGUGUUCUUCGUGAUGGAGCUUGCCCUCCUCAGCAUCACGGGUGUCUGCAUCGUCAUCGGGCACAUCCGGCUCACUCAGCUCAAGUUCAUGGAAAACUACUUCCUGUCCUUGGAUUCGAUCCUCCUGGCAGUGGCGGUAGGGGGCGCUUACAUCUACUUGAGCUUCAUGCUCAUCUCGGCGGCGUCCACCGUCAACAUCCAGAGCCUCUCCAGCAUUCUCUCCCUUGUUGUCAUCACCCUGGGACUGAUACAAAGCACCAUGCAGACAGUCUUCAUCCUCGACGGCCUGUGCAGGUGUUCGGAGAACGACAGCCAGAUUGACAGGAAGCCCGGUCGCGCCAUCGUGACCUUCACCUUGGUCUGCAACUUGGCGUUGUGGGUAGUAGGUAUGUUCGAGAACAAGAAGACGACGGUGAUCCCCUUCCAUCAGGACUUCUACGGCAUCCUCAGCUGGAACAUCAUGCUGCAUCUGUGUGUGCCCCUCUACAUCUUCUUCCGCUUCCACUCCGCUAUCUGCCUCUCCAAGAUCUGGUACCAAGCCUACCAGAAGGAGAAGAUGCCUUGAGCUGUCACGUGGCACGGGGAUCAUGUG